GUGGAGGAAGAAGAAGCCAAAUUUAGGCAAUCAGAGGGAUCUGAAUCCGUAGAAUAAAUUGACUGUAAUCGUAAGCAAAUGGAUGGGUCUGACCCUUUUUGGCCUCAAAAUGGCAGGCACCGGGAAAUGCCUUCUUGUCACCGGCCCUCCUGGUGUCGGAAAAACCACAUUGAUCAUGAGAGUGUUCGACAUGAUUAGGGUUUUCAACCCUAACUUAAAGAUCCAAGGUUUCUACACUCGUAAGAGAGAUGAGGGAACGAGGACAAAGGGUUGGUUUUCAAGUGGUCACCUUGGAUGGCCGCACAAGUUUGCUUGCUUCUUCCACUGUUUCUAGGUCCAGCCUCCUUCUCCUUCAGCUUUAACUCUCUAGUUUCCCUCUCACAAUUAGGCUACUUCUCUCUCCCUCUCUCUGUUUGCAGUCAAGAAUCAAUGACAUGGCCUAAUGUUGGCAAGUACAAAGUGGACAUUGCAUCCUUCGAGUCUAUAGCAUUGCCUGAGCUUCAGGUCAAAGACGAUACCCAUCUUUUCAUCAUUGAUGAACUUGGCAAGAUGGAGAUGUUUAGUCCAUCCUUCUUUCCGGCUGUCCUCAAGGUUUUGGGCUCCAACAUUCCUCUUCUUGCUUCCAUUCCUAUCCCAAAAUUUGGUCGAGAUCUUCCUGGAGUGGCAAGGUUGAAGAACCAACCGGGAGUGACUGUAAUCACCCUGAGUGAGAGUAACAGAGACUCCAUGAAAGAACAUAUAUUUGAUGUUUUCUCUGGAUGGCUGCCCAAGCAAUAAGGUUUUUUGCAGGGUGUAAAAAAACUAUGAUUUUAACCAAAAAAGCUUUUGUACACCACA